GUGGGUCCACCGGCGCAAAGGAAAACCCACAUUUUUCAUUGUUAGGGACACGGUGGAAUGUGAUGGUUUGAUCCUACAGCGCAGGGAGUGGAGGGAAGAAACAACGAAGGCAGUACAGGAGGAAAACAAACCCUGUCCCGUUGGUGUACCAGUAAAAUCCGUGAAAGAACUUGUGUUCAGUCUGGUUCAAACCUACAGAGUCAUCUUGUCGGAACUCUUCGACACAAAGCGAAUCAAUUUGGGGACUAUCGCAGAUUUUUUUUCAUGGCAAGGGCUUGUGGAUGGAGCUCCAUAGUGAAACCAUCUGGUGACCGACGUGCUGCAUUUACCAGCUGCUUAGCACCCAACACAAGAGGAUCCAUAGAAAGUGAUAGACACCCAUGUUGACCAUCAAGCUGAGGGGAGUUGAAGGAAUAAGAACCAACCAAAGAAAAAGGGAGAAGACAUUGUGUGGAGAGGAGAAAGGGGCUGAACAUAACUCAACAUUACGGACUUGUGACUCAUCAUUUUAACCAGCGAAGGACUGCCACACAAAUGUGGACCUCCCAAAAAGUAGUAAAAUAAUUUCCCCUUUCCAUAUAGAAGACAACAGCAAUAAUAUCUGUGAUGUCUGAAAACAAAGACAUAACGAAUCGCCACCUGAGGCACAAGCUGCAAAGCCUGGGACGACGGCUGGAUGAGCUUGAGGAGGCCACCAACAAGCUCCAGAAGUCUGAAGAUGAGCUGCUGGAUCUGCAGGACAAGAUCAUCCAGGCAGAGGGCAGCAACUCCUCCAUGCUGGGCGAUGUAGAGGCGCUGCGCAAGCGGCUGCUGAGGAUUGAAGGCAAAGACGAGGAGGUGUGCAAGGCAGAGGAUCUCUGCCGCACAGUGAGAGAGAAACUGGAGGAGGAGGAGAGCUUGACCAAGGACCUAAAGUCUGAGAUUGAGCGCCUGCAGAGGAGGAUGGCUGAGUUGGAGAAGUUGGAAGAAGCCUUCGGCAAGAGCAAGUCAGACUGCAGCCAGCUCUGCCUCAAUCUCAAUGAAGAGAAGAACCUGACCCGGAAGCUCUCCUCUGAGCUUGAGGCCCUCAAGGCCCGUGUGAUGGAAGUGGAUGCAUCAGAGGUAAGGCUGGACCGGGCUGAGAAGUUUCUGGCAGGCGAGCUGGAGCAGCUCAAGGGCCUCACUCAGACUUUUGUGAGUGAGAGGAAGAGGCUCCUGGAGAAGCAAAGGGAGGAUGAGAAGCUUAUCCUAAAACUGACAGAAAAGCUGGAUUGUCAGAAGAACAGGAUCGGCCGAGCAGAUCCCAGCCGCACAGACUUGAGGGACCUCCGCAUUGAAGAUGACCUCUCAUCUGGCCUGACUAGCAAGCUGGGGCGCAAGAAGAGCGUGGACUACCUGAAACUGGGCGAUGACGUUGGGCUAAGGAAUAAGUCAGAAAACGAGAAGAACAGCUUUGAUGGCCAGGAAGACAACAAAGUCAAGGAACUCACCCAGGAAGUUGAGAGGCUGAAGAGCCGGCUGAAGCAACUAGAACUAGUGGAGGAGGAUCUCAAGAACACAGAGUCAAAGAGCGGAGAGCUGCAGGAGAAGUUCCAACAGGAGAGGUCCCGCAGCCGAGCCCUCAACGAUCAGGUGGAGCAGCUUAGAAUGCAGCUGUGCAGUCACGGCAAUGGAGGGCUUAGCAGUCCAGCAAAGGUCCUUGAGAAUGGCAAGGCAGAAAAUGAAGAGAUUAAUGUCCGGGGUGGGUUCAGGAAGGACAAGCCUAAGUACAGGAGUGCUGCAGCUGCAGAGCCAGCCACCCCCAAGUACAAGAGCAGAGAGCUGUCCCCGCAGCACAAACGGGAGAUCAAGCUGAGGAGCAAAGAGCUGAGCAACUCUGAGGAAAUUUCUCCGAAAUCUGUCAGGAGGUCACUCAGUCCUUCACACAAGAGCAGGAGGACACCAAAGACUGGAUCCUCAACUGCCUCUGACAAUGUAGUGAAAGAAAUAGGUAGAAGGGUGGAGGACAAAACAACAAGGGGAGGAGCCCAUACUCCUGUUAGCACGUCUUUGAGUGACAGCAAGAAGGUCUCGGUUCUUAAUCGCUACCCUCCAGCAGCUAAUGACCAGAAGCCAUGGAAGACAUCUCAGAAGCCAAGUGAGAGUGAAAGCAAAAAGAGCCAAGUGGAUAAGUUUUCUAGAUUGAAUGUUGGUUGUGACAGUGAGUCAAACAAUUCUGUUGUGGUGCCUGAAAGCUCAAGCAAGACCAACACAGUCUCCCCUCCUGAAAAGGAUGCUUCUGCGUCUGACCUGGUGUCUGUGGACCUGGUUCAAGAGGCUCCUCCAGUGUCAAACCUCUCACAGGCCAAUGGGUCGUACACUGCCUACAAGUCCCAUGUGUCCCCGCUGGUCAGUGAUCAUGGCUCUGAGGGUCACUCUUCAGCCUCUGAGACUGAAUCCACUGGGUCCAGGCCCUCAGAACCAGAGCCUGUGUCUGAGGUGGCAGCACUGAGUAGCAGAACCUCCAACCCUCCGAAGUACUCUAGAUACUCUCGCCUACAAGACUCCCAGUCAGAGGGUUCCUCCACCAGGAGCUCGAUUGACGAGGAGCAGAACAGGCUGUUGAUGGCUGAAGGAGGAUAUCUGGAGCCCACUCACACUCCAGCAGGGAUGGAGGUCCGCAGGGUCUGCAGCCCACGGGAGGCCCUGAGGUCAAAGGCAGUCAUCAAGCCGGCCAUUGUGGAGAUUGAUAGGAAGGAAGUUAUGAUAUCCGGAGUCGGGGCAGAGUUCUUGACCUCCAAUGGCAAGCCCAAAAUCUCCACGAAACCUGUCCUGACCACCAACAAGAUGACCAGCAGCAUCACUAUCUACCCCAACGAUCCCAGCUCUUCCAGAACUAGCAGCCGCAGCAGCAGUGUAUCCAGCGAGCCACCAGUCAAGGAACGCCACACGUCCACUAGCAACAUUGUCAUCGGGCCCAGUGAGCACAGGGGGAACAUCUCCAUCCCCUACGAGAUCUCCAUUCCCAAGAGUGAGAUCACCCUCCGGCCAUCCAUGGAUGGCCCAGACGAAACAGAUCAACCAGGGGUGCUAGGGAUGGCCUGUGCAGAGACGCACCUACGCCCCCGAAGCAGCUUCAGCCUCCAGUCACCGGAGAUCAUCUCAGACUUCAACAACGACACAGAGUCAGGUUUCGAGAGCAGCAGUAGCAGCACUACCACCGUCACCAGCUGGAGGAGACACCACGGCCACCACACUUCCCAGGACGACGGUCUCCCAGAGAUGAGAAACCUGACUGUGCGGAGCACCUGGAGGAACAGGGGGGCGGCAUCUGUGGACGAGCCUGGCCAGGGAGCCAGGCUGGAAGGGGUGGGUUCUGAGGAUGAGGUAGAGUCGGCCACCACGUGGAGGGCGUACCGCGCCACCACUGUCCUGGACAAGGAGGAGAAGGUUAAUGCCACAGGGGCCUCUACAUCACGGGCAGCCAAGCCAUCGCCAGCAGAGCUGUACAUGCGCAGGAUUAAGAACAGUGUGGUGACCACCAGGGACAUUGCAGAGCCGGUGCGCCGGAGCAAGAGCUCUCUGUCACCAACUGAGGGAGUUAUGCAGAGGAGUAUCCCCCACGAGCCUGUCAGUUCUCAGGAGCUCACACCCCGGCAGACACAACCCAUGGCUGCUGACAACACUAACCCCAGCUCUUGGUCACGGAGGACGAGGCCGGCGCCCGGUGACAUGGGUAUCUACGAGAGGGAGAGAGUGAGGAGCUCCAGGCCUGACCUAGGGGCCAGCAGAGGAACGGGAACCACGGCUUCCAGACCAGAGCUGUGGUCCAGUAGGGGUCAGGCUGGCCAUGCGGAGAGGAUGACCGGGCGCGGCAAUCGACCAUGGAGCAACCGUCAGACCGACAACUAAACCGGCCAACCGUCUUAGUAGCUCCGCUUCAUAAUGUCCAGAGCUCUCCAUGCCCCCAAACUGCUUGGAGCCCCUCAACAAGGAGAAAUGUACUGUAUCAAGCAUAUCUAAAUCCCCGAGCAACAGCAGUCACAGCCAUACAGAAGAAUAACAACUCUCAAGUCCCUGUCCAGCACCUACCCAUGCUUCUCGGAGUGCAAAAACAAGAUGGCCGCCCUCUGAAACCUUCAACCACACCCUUCCAUUUGCACAGACACAACAUCAGUUGUAUUAUAAUAUGCCCAUAUACAGUAGCGCUCUGGUGUGGACCUCACCACCAGUGAAUGUAUCCUCUUCCGCAUCUUCUCCUACCAGAUGUAUUAUAAUGUAUUCCUCAGACUCGACAAGGGAGAGAUGAUCACUUGGGUGACUGGGCCUAGAGGUGUGCGUGUGUGUGUGUGGUGGGGGGGGGAAGAGGAGAGACACAGGAAGGAAAGAUUUGUUGUCUUUCGGAGUGGACCGUUACAAGACCUCACUUUGGAACUUCCCAGCGGAGCUGCACAAAGGAUGUACCCAUGUGACUAGAAACAGGGAGCGAAUUACUUGGAUUAAAAAUAAAUCUACUCUGAUCUUUGAUUUAUUCAAACUUAAUUUGGGGAGCGCUUAGACCAUGCAUUUGCUUUAUACUGACAACAAGAGAACGACCAAUGUGGGUUUAAGGGCCUAUACUGAUACUGAUUUUUGGAGGUCAAGGAGGCCGAUGGAUAAUAUUUUAUGCCGAUAAUUAAUAUAAUUACAUUGUAGCAUUUUGAUAAAUUCCCAGAGACAGCCAUAAAUCAAUGAUGCAAUCAAUUAUACUUAAAAAAAUCUAUCUACAUAACAUAAUGGUAAUCAUUGUUUUGAAUGCUUAAUCUCUUGAUAAACUGGAUAAAUCAAGAUGGCAUAGGCUUGCAUACUCACAGUACAGGUCAAAUCAUACCCAAUAAAACUGCAUGCAUUCAGCUUUUGAACUAAUUUGGGCUCAUUUCAAUGAUCUAUGGGUCUACAGAUGACAAUUUGUUUCCCUUCCAUUUGGGACCAUGUUAGCCUCAGGGUUGGGCAGUAAACUUGAUUACUUUUAAAUUCAGAAAUUAUGUUUGUGGGAAAAACAUACAUUGAGAUACCGUUCUGUUUUUUCAAUGACAUUCAAUGAAUCAUUGAAAAAAGGUGCAAGUCUUCAGUUUGUUCCACUUGAGGGAGUCUGACCAGAAGUCAGAGACUACUAUGAUGACACACCAAAUGUGUUUGAUGGAUCCUUUUUGUCUUCUUCGAAUGCCUCUUUAGAGGAAAGUAAUCCAAAAGUAACUGAAAGUAAUCAUAUUGUUACUGAUUACAAUGUUGGACAGUUAACUGUAACACAUUCCAUUUAGAAAGUAGUCUACCAAACCCUGUUAGGCCUAGUGAUCAACAAAAUGUUAAUAGAAGUAGCCUAUUGUCUUCUUUUAUAAAGACGUGCGCUGUCUCUUUAAAGGUGCUACACAUAGGAUUUUUCUGAAUUGUUGCAUUGUAAUUACAGAAAAUGUUCAUAAUAGAGUGGAAUGAUAGUGUUUCACAGUAAUACUUAUCCGCCAGUGUUGUGAUUGGCUGUGAUAUUCGCCUAGUGAUUUCUCCCGCCAGAGCUGCAUCUGUUGUCAAAAUGGGAAAGCUGUUUUGACUUUGUGGCUAGUGGAAAAGGGGUCAAUCGGACAAUGUAGAAGUCGCUCCGUCAUUUACUGGUUGUUAAAAUUCUACACUGUUCGCUCAAUUUCAGUGUGAGAAAACAAGCACUUAACAGUGUAGGGCAGUGGUCACCAACCUUUUCUGAGUCGAUCACCUUGAGUAAAAAAUGCAAGCCGAGAUCUACCGCUCUUUUUUUAAAUUACGCCUAUGCAACAUUAACCAAUUAAAAACGGUUAUGUAGCAAUGAGGUUUGUGCAGUAGGCUAUAGGCCCAAUACAUUAUGACUGCAUAUGGACUAUGCUUGAAUUGCCGUGCCAAUGUUGUUCUUCUCAUUUUGGAAUUAUAGGUAUAUGAUCACACUGGUAAUAGACCAUUUGUCGUAUUACUUGAGAGGCUGAGUGAGCAUACUUUCUUUUACUGGACUGAUUGCCUGGAUCUAUUGGUCAGUCUGAGGAGGGAGCGAGCAGCGGUGAGGUUGACCCUCACCCGACUCACCAUCCCUUCACUCUCCCUCCCUCUGCUGUGAAAAUGGGACACAGUCUUCUAUCAGAUGGCGAAACUCAAGUUGCACUGCAUUAUUUCUGCUUCAUGCAAUAUUUCAUGUUGCCAGAGAAAAUGAAAUAUUCCUUGAUAUUAAAAAAGACAAGCCACUACUAAUAACAACGCAAGCUUUGCUGUACUCAUUUAUUGCAGCAGCAGUGCUGGUUGUAACGUGAGUGGAAGUAGGGAGAAAGUGCAUUUUAUGGCUUAUAAAAGGUGUUGAACAGUGUGUUGACAGUGCUGAAUAGCAACUUAAACAUGAACUUACUCAUAAAAACAGAAACUCUUUGAUGUAUUUGUUGAGUCUCUCUAGUCCAUUGUUUUAAAUGUUUUUUUGAAAUCUCACAGUAUCAACUUUGCUUCUUUUUACAGUCUAUUGCUCUGGGAAACAGCCCAGUGAUCUGAGCUAUCUGAUUGGACAUCGGUAGGCCUAUAGGUGCACUUGAAUUGCUUUCUGGGCCUGCCGGGUAGGUCGGCGUUCUACUUUCAGACACAUGAAGUGGUUCAAAAUGGGAUUAAUUUGCCUUCCCAUCGCUAGGGCUGCCGAAUCAGGUAAACUUACCGUCAACAGCGAGAAACCAAUAAAGAAAAUACAAAUAGGAACGCAAGGCUUUAUCAUUGUUUUUUUUACAGAAAUGCUUGGAGAUAAACCAGUCGCUCGCAAUCGACCGGUUGGUGACCACUGGUGUAGGGAAUCAUUGUACCAUCUAAAUCGGUGUGAAAUAUCUUUUCAAAAACAAAAAAAUAUUUUUUUUGAAGCUGGUGGACGAAAACCAAAAGGUAAAGUGUGAGCCUCCACCUUGUUAUGGGGAAAUGGGAUGCUGGGGAGGGGGAGAUUUGUUUUGAAUGCGGCCGAGUGCUGUUACAAUUCACCUAGCUUCCAACUUGGGAGAAAUUUGAGGUGUAGCACCUUUUUAAGAGAAAAUACACCACUCAGGACUCAUGUAGCCAGGCCGUUUGAGAGAAGAAACCACUGGUCACUCAUGUAGUCAUUUAGCAGUGAAUUAUUAACCCAAUUUUUGGUGACAAUCAGCUUUUAAAUGAGCAUGUUUUGCUUUAUGGUAGCUACCACAAAUAAAGUUCUAGGGUAGUGAACUGACGUUAGCAAAGUUGUCUUUAUGAACACUAGCUAUUGGUAUGUUGUUUUGUAAAGUGCUGCAGUCUGUAUGGACAUUGUUUUGCCGAACAGUAAAUGAACACUAAACAUUUCUACAUUCCAUGUGGCACUAUUCAAGUGUGCUAAAUUUAUAUGCAGCAUGAGUGGGUAGCUAGCAAGCAUCCCAGAGGUUCCUUGAGGAUAUGCUAACUAGCAAUGGGCGGUGCCGGCUUGCAGGAGUUUCACACGAGACGCAAGUGCGCUGAGGCUUUAAAGGGGAAACCGGCUGCGCCGAUAGAAUAGGAAAGGCUAAUAUCGGCACAAAAUAUUGUCCCGACCGACUAUUGGUCGUUCUUUACCGACAACCAUAGCAUUUUUGCAGGGUUUUAUUUUACACAUUGCGCACACACACACGCACACCUAAAGCCAUUUUUAACCCACAAAACAUGACUAUCGUCCCAGGGAAUGCAUAAGUCCGGCCUAAAAGAGGUUUGAAUGUAGGGCUUUGCGGAGGUUUGCAUGUUUCUACGUACUGUAUAAGAGGAGCAUUUUGAAGUUGUGUGCCUCCUGCAUGCCCUCUGCUUUAAGAACAACCAAGAUAAGGACCCUGUCAUAGAUGCACAUUCUUAUUAACUUAUAGGCUGCAUACAACAUAUCAUCUUCAACACCAGUACCUAAGCAUUACGGAAGUUGGUAGCCAAGGACUUUGAUCAAACCUUCAAAUUUUGUUUCUCAGUCAUUCACUCCCUGUUGCUCACCCACCCCCCCCAACUGGAAUUGUGGAAUAGAGCGGAUUGUCUGUUUGGACAAAUGGCAGAAAAGAAGGUCCACCCCUUUUGUCUGCACUCAAUGAAUAAUUGAAUGGGGGGGGGGGCAUAUACUGAAUAUUAGUGGAGGCUCCGACUGGAACUGCUGACUUGGAUCUAGCUGUAAACUGCAGCGCUGCUGUGAACAGCCAAUCCAGCACAGGAAGCAAGGCAUUGGGCUCGUGUUGUCCAAUAUCCACAAGGAACAAUCAGUCCAAAUGUACGCGACUGGGUUCGCAGUGCGAAUCGUCUCAACUCAACUUGUUUUUGUUUUCUAUAGAAAUGUAUUUUGUUUUAAUAUUAAAACUGGACUUUUUGUUGUUGGAUAAGGGAGGAUUUGAUGUCACUCUGGCCAGAAACCUAGAAAUCAUGGGGGUGCCAUAGAAACACAACCAGCCUAGUUUUGAGGUCUGAUAUACUCUUACAUAUACACACUGCAAUAUUUAUACAGGCAAUACUCUGUGAACUCUAAACUCCUAACUACAAACUCUGGUAGGAGGGGUACCAUAUCGCUUCAGGAAUGGCAGCUGAACCUGAGAAUGACCUUUGCUUGUUGGCUUGGCUGUCAUUGUAAAGCAAAAGAGCUAAUUAAUCUCCCCCCUCAGAUCCUAUUGGAGAGUCACUGUAUUAUUACACCAUGCGAUGACUAGGACGUUGGAUCCAGAAUGGGGUAAUACAGGUGUUAAUAUGGUUUGUAUCGUUCUACGGCCAGCUUGUUCACUAGUUCUCUUAGAGGUCUCACCAGUCAGAUCUCAAGUUUCCUAUGCGAGAUUGACAAGAGAGGUAGGAGUUUCCCCAUGAUACUGGUCAGUUGUUGUAGUUUAGCUUUACCUGUAUAGUACCAGCCAACCAGCAUUUUCACUGUAGCUUUCAUAUUUAUUAAUUAUUUACUACAAAAUGCAUAUACCUAUUUUUCAUUGUGAACUUUGCAGUUUGGUGAUGGGGACCUAUCAUUUACAGGCCUUUUUAGAUUUCAUAGCGUAUUGAGAAUGGGAAAUGGAAGAAGUCAUCACACAGAAUACAAAAAUAAUGACCCCCGACCCUGAAAUCACCACCUUGUAUUCCUCUAACCCUGUCGAAAUUGGAGGUGCAAUUACCCUCCUCCUGCUAUCUAGCAAUUUACGUGUUUACCUUUUUAAAUAAUUAUUCCUCCACUUACUGUCAAUGCUGUGUGUGUGAUAAUCCUGGUCUAGAAUUACGAGAGGAAGUUUUAGUCGAGGUUUGUCUACUGGUUAUUGUGUGGACAAGUAUAAUGAAUGCUCAUUACACAUUUGCAAAGAUUUUUACAUUUGGAGACAAUAUUUUAUAGAAGAACAUUUUCCAGAAAAUACCAAGGACUUCCAAUCUUUUGAAUUGAAAGGUUUUAUUUUGGGACCCAUAAACAAAUGUUCGCUGCCCAAAAUGUUCUGCCCUUUCGAUUCGCCUGUUAGAAGGGCUCCGGCUCAGCUCAGCUCAGCAUCAUAAAGCAUUAGUGUUGCCAUGUGGUCCCUUACACGGCUACUGGCCCAUCUGCGAACAUGUGUUUAGUGCAAACGCACACCGCUUGAUGCUGUUCAGAAGCCCUGGGCUGAUGUGCCAAGGGCUACGUGACGACUUGGCCCCGCGACCAGUCCUCCUCGGUUACCAGCAUGACGACCGCCAGCCGGUCACUCGUUCCAAAUCUGUAUUUCCGACCUUGUCACUUCUGUCCUGCACAGUGCUUCUGAGAAGGGAAGAGUACAGUGGUUCCAGUUUCCCCCCUUUCUCUCCUCCUUCCCUUACCUCAAGAAUGCCUUGAUUCUUAACGCCCGUGAUAAGCAAUGCUAGUUCUGAGAGCCGUUUUACAGGCUGCCAAAGCUUGCCAGCAGACACUGAUAUACAGCUCCCGGGUAACCAAAAGGUCGAAGGUCAAGGCUGGAGCUAAUCGCGUCUUUCCCUUUGAAUUUGGAGGGUUAUAAAUACUGGGGGGGAAAUCGAGACGAUUUGGCAGCGUCCAGCACUAGCCCGAAACAGAGGCAGUCGAUGGGUGUCCAGUCAAAACUGGCCCGCUCCGAUGUGCCAAAAUCCACAUGCUAGUGGUUGUUGUCCAUCAUAGCCAAGGGAUUUAUGUAUAAUGCUCAUAUUAAAGUGUCUGUGCAGACUCUCGAUGCGAAUCACUCACUGGGGAUAUUUUGAUAGUAGGUUAAAUUGAGCUUGAGCUCCUUUUUUAAGAAGGUACGGAUUUCGGAGCUCCGUGUCAGAGUUGAGCCCUGAACACGUGCACAUCUAUGGUCAUAGACGUACGUCGCCAUGGGUCGGGUAUCAUCAUAUCAUUAAUCCUAUGAUGCAAGGCCAGCACCCCUUCCCCCGCCAUACAGUCUCCCCUGCCCCCCCCCCCGGGGGGGUGGGGGGGUCCCAAACCAUAGGUUUAAUGUGCUCUCCAAGGGUCGUCCUGGAGAUGGGCUUCAAAGAAAGAAGUUUUUUAAAGGGCAAGGCUAAACCCCCCCCCCCCUUCUCCCCUACAUGGCCCCUGUGUACAUGAACACUUCACUGUAACGUUACCAUAACUUCCACUGCUGACUGGCAUCGCUAUGCCCAUCUAAGGGUUAGCAAGGGGAGUGGAUGUGCGUUGAGGAGCUCUGAUUCGGGGAAGAGGAUGUGUUAUCAGGACUCCUUACCACAGAACGUCCUCAAGUGUAAACGGGGUAUUAACUAAUGAUGUUUUGGAGUCUUUCCAGGCUCCACACGCAGCUGGAAUUGAAAAUAAGGCAUUGCAGAAUUUCAAAAGGGCAAUGGUUCUGAAGUCUCCAAAUGUCUCUGUUUGGGUAUAGUGAGUAUCACAGAUAUUUUGUCUGCUGUAUGGAGAUUGUCCGAUUAGGUAUGAUAGGAGAAAGACUAGGUUUAGACAGAACCUCCCACCAUUUUGAGAUGAGAACAGAAUGGUUAACUCUCCUCAUUCUGUAACUUCUGGUGUAUAAACAUCUGUUAUUUACAUGUCAUUGUUUUUUCCUCUCUUACAAAGUAGUGGAGAAAGUACUUAACGGAGGGAGGCUAAGAGACCGGAAAUGGCUCUUUGGAAUGAGUUGGCAUUGGUCCUCAAAGGCCUCCUUUGUAAUUGGAGGGUUCAUGGUGUCAAUGGACUUCAGAAACGGUAAUCUGCACUUAACCAGCACUUAACUUAAGACCCUACAUAAGUAAGCCCCCUUUUGUCAAAAGUCACUUUUGCGUGUGUCCCUGACAAUUUUAUUCCACUCUUUGUGAUUAUUUUUCUUUGCUGAAUGUAUGGUCAUCAAAGGGUGUAUGUGUGUGUGUGUGUGUGUGUGUGUGUGUGCGCGCGUGUGUUUUUUUGCACCGGCCAAAUUGAAAUUUAUUGAAUGCAACAACUCGUCCGAUAGCGUGAGGAGUUGUGGACUGUGAUUGUAGAAAUUAUUAUGGAGUCCUUCAUUUUUUAAAAACAAUUGUGAUUAUUUCAUGAGGCAUGGCACUCGAUCACAUCCGUGUCUUUGCCUUCUAACAUUGUGCCAAAAUCAUUCCACAGUGUUUCCAUUUUACAGUCCGUGAGACAGCGCCAGUGUUUUCCAAGAUGGAUACCGUGUCUCUUCUACUAUUUGUGCUGAAAUAAGGGGAAAUAUUCAAUUUGGGGGUUUUUCUUUUGUUUACCGCCCAUGUAUUUUUGUGUCAGUUUUGUAAAACAAAAUGUCUUAUUUUGGAAGCUGUAUCAGAUAUUUUAUUUAAGAAAAUCUUGUAAUUUUUUAAAGUGGGCCUUAUUGAAAUAUAUUUAGUAUUUGUCCUCUUUGAUUGUAAGGAUUUCAUUUUUGCUAGAUACUGUAUGCAUCUUUCUCAUUAAUGCAUUCCUGGAGAGUACUUUCCCCUUUUUGUUUUAGUGCGAGAGAUGUCUCAUGACCUUGAGCUAUGAGAUGGCAAGAGGAGAGAGACAUGUCAGAAGCCAGCCUUGUGUCAUAGUCAUUGAAGAAUGAGAGUAAUGUACAUUUUAUCAGGAGUGGGUCUGCUAGGAGUCAACAGUCUUAAGUCAUUUGCCAUGUGGCGUCCUGUUUUAUUAGCGGUUCAGGAAUCAGUCAGUCGGUCCAGGUUUUUUGCUACUCUGCCCCCCCCCCCAUAAAUUCAGGGUUUGUUCAUCUUGUGUGCUGUUUGCAAAUGCUGCCAAAGAAAAAUAUGUUUAGGCCUCAAGACACACACACACAUACUUAUGAAGAACUGGAGAUUCUCCAACACACACCCACUCCCACACACACAGGGGAAUUUGGCCUGUACAAUCAACUAGGGGGGGUUGGAAGUCAUGUUUUUAUAUUGCAGUGUGUUUAUAGAUGGAUAAUAGAAAUGCUUCUGAAAUGGGGGGGGGACUGAACGUUGUAUCGAAGAGAGAAAUGUAUGUUAUGAAAUCAGAUCAAAAAGGUUAUUCUGGGCGUCGCUGCGCCAAGCUUUUCUGUGUCGGUAAUACACAGCAAAAUGGUGCGGGAUGCUUUUUUGUCCUCGAGUAAUACAUUUGUGCAUGUUUAACCUUCCCGCACUCCUGCAUGUAGGUCUCUCAAAGCUGGCAACUGUACAGCGAACUAUGUAUUCCAAUCAAAUAAAAAAAGCAACUUGUUUGUAACCUUG